AUGGUAUGCUGCAUGAUAAAGUCAACAGCAGGACCUCGAGUACUUGGCACGUGGUUCAGCUUUGUGCGCGCAACGACCACGCGCCAACGGUUCGCCUUUUCCGCGAGCUGUGGUAGCGAGAAGCUUGAGACGGAAAUACAACAAGCGAACGAACGUUACGCCGGGAAAAUAUCAAUUCGGCGAGCCAGCGAUAACAAAGGCUGGGGGCUUUUCGCUUUACAGCGUUUUCAGAAAGGUUCUUUAGUGAUACGAGCCAACGCUCUGUCUGAGAGCAGCAAACAAGAUUCUCACUCAGUGCAGACAUCCUGGAAUAGCCACGUCACCAUGGAUCUUCCAGCCCGGUUUAUAAACCACGUGUGCGACGAGGCCAACGUCGGCAUUCAACCAAACAGUCUCGGCGCGUUUGAUUUUUUUGCUCUACGGGAGAUUUCCAUUGAAGAAGAACUAACGUGGGACUACGAAACAUCAGAAUACGAGAUCAGCCAUGGCUUCGCAUGCGCUUGCGGAGCAGCCUCUUGUCGAGGUGAGUUGCAAGGAUUUCGCUAUCACGGUCCUAAAGUCUUGGAAACUUAUGGAGUCAAGUGGAUUGCACCGUUCCUUUUGGAAGAUCGAGAAGACAAUGAUGAUGACGCCCAUCGUCUUGUGCUGCCCCGACCUUGACUUGAAAACUUACAAGAAGAUGCUUGCCACGCUUCCGACUGUUUAUGUUGCAACUAUGACCAGCUAACCGGAGAAUGUAUGCAUAAGGAUAAAAAUUGACUUCUAUGUGGGGCGCUCG